UAGGUGCUGGCAUUGCUGGGAACAACAAAAUAAAUGUGUUUUAUAAGCAGUUUUGCUUAUCGCAUAUCAAUAUCGGCAAAAUACGAAGUAACAAUGGAUCAUAUUCCAAUCCAAAUGGACGAAGAGAGCAUUAUUGCAGCGAACAACAUUAUUGAAAAGGCCAAAAAAUCGAUGUCUGCAAUAAGGAACCAAUUCAAUAACGAAUUGAAACAGAGUCAGAAUUAUCUUAUUUCCACACAGGGUCCGAUGGAACAGGAAAUAAUGAAAGAGUAUUUGAAGAUCAGUCCCGAUGAUAUUGAGGAGUAUUCCAAAAAAUAUAAUAGGAAUAACAUAUUUGACGACGAAGAAAAAGGAUCUGUCAGUGAUCAAAAAUCCGAUAUGGAGGAACAUCAAGCUGAUAAAAAAAAAAAUCGCUUGAAGGAGAAAUAUGAGGAAGCUCUAAAGCACGAUGAGAAAUUGGAGGCUGAAGCGAAGCGCUCUUUCAAUGAUACUGAUUCUGAAGUGGUAGAACAUCAAACUGAAUUAAAAAAAAGGCACAAGGAUCAAGUAGACCUUUAUAAGGUAGUGCAAGAAAAAUUGAUGGCCAGCUUUAAGAAGGAUAUGGAUAAGCUCAUGCUAGAGUUUGAGGCGAAGUAUUCACGACUCAGAAAAACCCUUUCCGAGAUAAUGGCAGACACUCCAAUGCAACCGGAAGUAGACAAUACCGAUGCCUCCAGCACUCAUCAGCCUUAGAAAAAUGAUUGCAGCUUAGGAGCAGUUAUACACUUUUAAUAACACAGAACAGACGCCACUGAGAGCUACCAAAGAUGUUCCAUACCCGCCUUGUAUUUUAAAUUACCUUGUUUUAAAUUUUAUUUUACAAAUCUCAAACAAUAAAUAAUAGUUGGGCGAUUCAAAGUGCAUUGAAAUUAUUUUUUAAGAAAGCUAUGUCUAUACCUAAGAAAAUGUUGAACUUGGAUCUUUUUUAUAUUUGUUUUUUUC